GCCGCCGCCGCAGUCCGCAGCCAUCCCAGCCCGGCAGCCCUCUGCUCCGCUACUCUCCGCGCAUCAAUCCGAGUCGGUUCGCGGGAGCGAGCAGAGGAGGGGACCGCAACCUGCACCGAGAGCUAGAGGAGUCCGCUCUCCGCAACCGGCAGCCGGGCCCCUAGCUGCGGCAGCGGCCGCCCGUGGCCAGGCGGUGCCAACCCGCAGGGUGGCGGAGAGCGGUGGGGCGGGGGCGGCCGGUGGCCGGAGGCAAAGCUUGCGGGCAGCAUGGCGGGGCUGCGGCCCAGGCGGGGCUCCGGACUCCCGCUGCUGGUGCUGUCCACGCUUGGCUUCUGCCUGAUGCUGCAAGUCAGUGCCAAGAGGCCCCCCAAAACGCCCCCCUGCCCCCCCAGCUGCUCCUGCACCAGGGACACGGCCUUCUGCGUGGACUCUAAAGCAGUGCCCAGGAACCUGCCCUCCGAGGUCAUCUCUCUGACGCUGGUGAAUGCUGCUUUCUCAGAGAUCCAGGACGGAGCGUUCUCCCACCUGCCACUGCUGCAGUUCUUGUUACUCAACUCCAAUAAGUUUACGCUGAUCGGAGACAACUCCUUCACGGGACUGUCGCAUCUGCAGUACCUCUUCAUUGAGAACAAUGACAUCUGGGCACUAUCCAAGUUUACUUUCAGGGGACUCAAGUCUUUAACACACCUCUCACUGGCCAACAAUAACCUGCAGACGCUGCCUAGAGACAUCUUUCGGCCCCUGGACAUCCUGAGUGACUUGGACCUGCGGGGCAACUCCCUUCACUGUGACUGCAAGGUGAAGUGGCUGGUGGAGUGGCUGGCACACACCAACACUACAGUGGCUCCCAUUUAUUGUGCCAGCCCGCCCCGCUUCCAGGAGCACAAGGUGCAGGACUUGCCACUGCGGGAGUUCGACUGCAUCACCACAGAUUUCGUGCUGUACCAGACCCUGUCCUUCCCGGCGGUGUCAGCUGAACCUUUCCUUUACUCCAGCGACCUCUAUGUGGCUCUGGCCCAGCCGGGUGCCAGUGCUUGCGCUGUCCUCAAGUGGGACUAUGUUGAACGGCAGCUUCGAGACUAUGAUAGAAUCCCAGCCCCCUCUGCGGUGCACUGCAAGCCCAUGGUGGUGGACAGCCAGCUGUAUGUGGUGGUAGCCCAGCUGUUUGGAGGCUCUUACAUUUACCACUGGGACCCCAACACCACGCGCUUCACCAAGCUGCAGGACAUCGACCCGCAGCGCGUGCGCAAGCCGAACGACCUGGAGGCCUUCCGCAUCGAUGGCGACUGGUAUUUUGCCGUGGCGGAUAGCUCCAAGGCCGGUGCCACCAGCCUCUACCGCUGGCAUCAGAAUGGCUUCUAUUCCCACCAGGCCUUGCACGCCUGGCACCGCGACACCGACCUGGAGUUUGUGGAUGGUGAGGGCAAGCCUCGGCUGAUUGUGUCGAGCAGCUCCCAGGCUCCCGUCAUCUAUCAGUGGAGUCGCACCCAGAAGCAGUUUGUGGCCCAAGGUGAGGUGACUCAGGUGCCUGACGCCCAGUCUGUGAAACACUUCCGUGCCGGGCGUGACAGCUACCUGUGCCUCAGUCGCUACAUCGGGGACUCUAAGAUUCUUCGCUGGGAGGGCAGCCGCUUUUCCGAGGUGCAGGCCCUGCCCUCCCGGGGCUCCCUGGCUCUGCAGCCCUUCCUCGUGGGUGGCCGCCGCUACCUGGCGCUGGGCAGUGACUUCUCCUUCACCCAGAUCUACCAGUGGGAUGAGGGGCGGCAGAAGUUUGUGCGGUUCCAGGAGCUGGCUGUGCAGGCCCCUCGGGCCUUUUGUUACAUGCCUGCUGGGGACGCCCAGCUGCUCCUGGCCCCCAGCUUCAAGGGACAGACACUUGUGUACCGACACGUAGUGGUGGAUCUCAGUGCCUAGAGGGGUGCCCAGACCUCUGGGUUGGAGGCUGAGGGGGAGCCUCUGUGUGAGCAGCAUGUGUGCCCAUGUGAAGACACAUGUAGCCAACCUCAUGCACACACACUUUCCUGGUGAGCAUGGGCACCACGUGGAUUGGCCCUGGGAGCCACGAAUCAUAGUUGUAAUCAGCAUGAGGCCUCAUAUAUACACCAGGAAACCCAGCGCCUGGGGCCCUUCUGUCUGUGGACACCUGUGGGCCCCACACCCCAUCUGCAGGCCCCCUUGCUCUGCCUUCCACAUGCUCUAGCCUGGGGAGGGGUAGGGGUGCUGGGAGGGAGGGUCUUGGGCUACUCCUUGUGACCCUCUGUUCUCUCCUGUUAUCUGUUCUCUCCUGUUGGUGCUCCAGGUGUCUGUUUAACCUGUUCAUGCCCCACCUAGCAGCCAUGACCACAUCCUUCCUACUGUGGGUAUACUCGCCCACGCUCUGCUCCGUCUGCAUGCGCACGUGGACACUGGCCUGCACCCUCAGUCACACACACACACACACACACCUGUCCACACCCCUGAUUUCCCUGCAGAUUCAGCGUGGCCGAAAGGGGCUCCCCAUCAUUGUCUUGCCCCUCUUCUUGGAGGGGGCACAUAGUACUGUCCUCCUCUGCUCACCCCUAGUAUGCCGACCCUGCAGCUGAUAAGGAUGGGAAUAGUGGUGCCAGCCUCUGAGCACCAGCUUGAUCUCCUGGGGGCAAAGCCCUUCUGCCCAAAGCAGUAACAACAGCCCCGGCAGACCCUGAUUUCUUCCUAGUGCUGGCUCUGUUCUCACUGGAUUUUCCUUCUCUGACCCUUCAUGGACAGGAGACCACCCAGACAAAAGCUUUUCUGCUUUUCUUUCCUGUAGCUGUCCCAGCCUCAGAUCCCCACCCCUUGGUUCAGCCCCUCCUUUGAGAUGUGGACCCCGAGCUGUGCUGGCUUCUUUGGAUGGGUCCAAGAGCUGGUCAAGCCAGGGGCCCUGCAAGCACUUGAACCAUCUGGGUGGAUGCCAGGAGUAGAGCUGGACUGGAGAGCAUCUUGGGGUCCCUGGCACCCCUCCCGUCCACAGAGGCACACACCAGGGCAAACUGAGUGGUAGAGGGGUGAGAGCCCUAUGGAGUGGCACCUGGGAGCCAAGCUUCUGCUGCCCUCUGCUGUGCGCUGGGGAUAGCUGUGAGGUGCAAGGCGGGUAAAGAAGGCAUGGGGAGGGUAGGCUCUUCCUGUGCCCAGACUGUGUGAGGGGCUCCUGGUGGCAGGAUGCUGGGGGCACUUGGGGGCAAUGCUAUAAUUCACUUGCUUCAAAUAAAAAGUUCCCACCCCAUU